GGACAUUAAAACAUUGCAUUCAUCUGCGCAUAUUUUAAGCCAAGACAUCUUUUACAAAUUUGCAUCGAUGAUAAAUCGAGGUUGCUUUCGCGACGUCUUCAAAACACUUACUCCUAAGUCAUCGACCCCACACAUCCCCUCCCUAGCACACUAGUUAAUCUAAAACUGGACACAAUGCCGGUCACGGACUACAUCGAGGUCACCAUCUCUUGGCUAUUCAGUAACUUCCGUGGACGAGACGAUGGACUCUUCAUCACAAACCCGGCCUUCAAAUCGUGCUCUAAACCCACGAUUGCCAUCACAUCGCCCGACUGUGGCGAAACCAACGCGCAGCUGGGUCUAGACUACACCCAUGACGGUGCCGGCAAAUUCCCCGAGUUGAGCUGGCAAGUACCAGGAGACUUAAAGGACGAAGUACAAGAAUGGUUACUCGUGUCAGAAGACCCGGACGCGCCCUUGCCGUCUCCCAUUGUCCAUGGUAUAUAUGGGGGCAUUCCACCGACCAGAACAUUUGUAGUUGCAUCGGACUUUGCGGUGGUGGAUGAAAGCAAAGCUUUGUUGAAUGGUGGGUUUCACUACGGGGUCAAUAGACGGGGAUCGGUCUAUAUUCCGCCCCGGCCAUUGUUGAACCAUGGAGUCCAUCGGUAUUUCUUUUUUAUCGUCGGUCUCAGCGAGCCCCUCGAUCAGGUCGUACUGGCCGCCAAGGCAACAAGAGAACAAAUCGUAGAGGAAAUCCAGGGGAAAGUCAUCGGAUGGGGCCAGUGGGUUGGGAAAUGUGAGAGGGUUUGGAAAUAAUCGCACGUUUUGGCGGCUCAGUUCUGCACGGUGAUGGCUUGGGGAUGUCGCAGAGCUAGAAUGCUAGUGUUAUUAUG